CAUCAACAAAUAAACACCAGAAAAACUCGUACAACUUUUUUCCCCCUCAACAUUUUUGACAUGGCGACGGAGGAGAGAAAUCAUGUUUCGAAUGGCGAAGGUGAUCGUGAGGAGCAAGAAGAUGAGAAAAUGGAGCAGUUUUUUGCUCUGCUAAGGAGUUUUCGAGAGGCGCGUGAUAAGCGAAAACACGAGCUGAGACUAAGAGAUCACGAGGAGGAUAUAAAUAAGAAGAUGAAGAAGAGCAAGGCAAGUAAGUUGGGUAAUGAUGAGCGAUCGAGUUGGGUUCCGAGAUUUGAAUGGGAAGAUUUCACUUCAGAAUUCGAGUUUCCGAGGCCGCUCGUCGUUUUUCCAACUCCAUACAACAAGAAAGAAGACCAGAAAAAUCAAGAAGACGAUGAUGGUUUGGAUCUUAAUCUCACCCUUUCGUCUGCUUCACUUUAAAUUUUUAUUGUUCAAAAAAUGAGUUAAUGGAGUUUGAUCUUGUAUUAUAUUGUU